AUGCGGCACACGAUUGUCGCCGUGGGAGUAGCGCUCCUCGCUCACAGCGCUCAUGCCAUAUUCCCAACGCCCCUAAAGUUCUCCAAGGAUGGCACCUUCCAGAUCUCGAUAUUCGAGGACUUGCAUUUCGGAGAAAACUCAUGGGAAUCCUGGGGCCCAGCGCAAGACGCCAAAUCCGUGACCGUCCUAAACAGCGUGCUGGACGCCGAGUCCCGGCCCAAUCUCGUCGUGCUAAACGGUGACCUGAUCACCGGCGAAAACACCUUCCUCGAAAACGCCACCGCUUACCUCGACAAAAUCGUCGCACCCCUCGUCGCCCGCGGCCUCCCCUGGGCCUCGACGUACGGGAACCACGAUAGCCAAUUCAACCUCUCGAGCACCGCCCUCCUUGCUCGCGAGAAUCGGUACAGGAACUCGCUGACACGCUCUAUGGUCCCCGGUCGCGAAGCCGGAGUCACGAAUUACUAUCUCCCCGUGUACGAUUCCGGGAUCCGGUGGCCGUGGAGCGCGCCGAAGUUACUUUUGUGGUUCUUCGAUAGUCGGGGCGGGAGCUAUUUCCAGGAGCGAGACGGUGAAGGCAACGAAGUUGCCCGUCCGAACUGGGUGGACGAGAGCGUUGUCCGUUGGUUCCGGCGAACGAAUAAUGCUCUGACGGCUCGGUGGCGACGCACGAUCCCGUCGCUGGUCUUUGUGCAUAUCCCCACGAGCGCGUCGAAGGCUGCGCAGACGGAGGAUGGGAUUGAUCGGUUUACUGAGCCUGGCAUUAAUGAUGAUUAUGCGCUUGCGCAGCAGGGGGAGGGGUGGUGCGAGGAUGGGACGAAUAAUAAUGAGGACUGUCCGUAUGGCGGACAAGAUACAGCAUUCAUGGAAGCGCUCGUUGAGAUCCCUGGGAUUCUAGGCGUCUUCUCGGGCCACGAUCACGGCGAUACAUGGUGCUACAAGUGGGACACGCAGAUUCCGGGGAUGAGCAUCAAGGGGAACGGAGUGAAUCUGUGCUUCGGGCAGCAUUCGGGGUAUGGAGGGUAUGGGAAUUGGAUCCGUGGGGCGAGACAGGUGCUUGUUAGCGAGGAGGCUCUGAAGAGGGGCGAGCUGGAUACGUGGAUUCGGUUGGAGGAUGGGGGUGUCGUUGGGACUGUCGAGUUAAAUGCGACGUACGGGGAGGAUUUGUAUCCUGCGACUCCUAAUGAUAAGACUUAUUUGUGA